AUGAAUAGUGAAGAUAUUGAUGCAAUUGCACGACAAUUAGCACAACAAUGGUCAGCUGCCAUCUAUAAUCGUUUACCCAAGACAAUUCAUCCUUCGGCAAAAACUUUUUUAAAUCAUUUAGAAUCAAAUAGUCGUGUUGUUUUUAAAUAUGAAAAUCAAGCAUUACUUGAUAAAACAUUAGACAUUAUACCGAUUCAAAGACUUUAUGAGGAGGCUGAAAGCCAAUUGACUGAUGCGACAAGCUUGGAAGAUCUUGUCAUCCAACGUCUAUUACAUUGGUUUAAACAUGACUUUUUUAGUUGGGUGAAUAAUCCUUCAUGCAAUUACUGCCAUAAUACACAAACAAAACCGAUAGGUACAGCUCAACCUAAUCAAGAAGAACUACGUUAUGAAGCCCAUAUUGUAGAAGUGUAUGAAUGCUCCUCAUGUCAUAAUAUUACUCGAUUUCCUCGAUACAAUGAUCCAGAAAAAUUAUUAGAAACAAGAAAGGGACGAUGUGGAGAAUGGGCCAAUUGCUUUACUUUAUGUUGUCGAGCAGUUGGAUCAGAAGCAAGAAUUGUAUAUGAUUCAACGGAUCAUGUUUGGACUGAAGUCUAUUCUGAAUUUGAACAACGUUGGAUUCAUUGUGAUUCUUGUGAAGAAGCAUGGGAUAAACCUUUAUUAUAUAGUAUGGGAUGGAAUAAAAAAUUAAGCUAUUGUAUUGCCUUUUCAAAAGAUGAAGCAUUAGAUGUAACAAAGAGAUAUACAAGAAAUUGGUCAGAAGUUUUAAAAAGACGUAAUAAAGUAAAAGAAGUUGUACUUCAUCUGUUCCUAGAAGAUUUAACUUUGAAAUUUCAAGCUUCUUUGGAUCAAAAUCAAAAAAAUAGAUUAGCUCAAAGAAGGUUGAAGGAAUGGGUUGAAUUAGAAGAUGAAAGUAAAAAGAACAUUGUAAAAGAAGAUGAACUGAUAGGAAGACAAAGUGGCUCUCUGGAAUGGCGUACUAAACGUGGAGAAACUGGUAAUAGUACAUUGGAAGAAAAUACGAUGAAGAAAUUAGAUAAGAAUGACUACCAGUAUCAAUCUAUGAUAUCCUUCAAGAAUCAAGAUUUAAUACACCAAUUUACUUUAUUAGGAAAUGCUAUUCAUAUGCAACCUGACAUGAUGCAACAGUCAUUCACUCGUAUUACCCAAGCAAUACCAGAUCAACGAGGCGCUACUUAUUAUAAAAAGCCUAUUCAAUUAAAUGAUAAAUUAAAAGGACUUGAAGUAGAAUUUGCAUUUCGUAUUACUAAUAAUCUCGGUAAGCCGACAAUAGGUCAAGGAGCAGAUGGAUUUGCGUUUGUAAUUCAAGCUCAAGGAAAUAAUGCAUUGGGUGAAGGCGGAUGUCAAUUAGGUUAUGGGGGCAUUAAAAACUGUUUAGCCAUUGAAUUUGAUACAUACCAAAGUUUCGAUAGAUGUGCAGAGCCAUCAGGAAAUCAUAUAAGUGUUCAUGGUCGAAAGCCUCCCCUGGGUAAUUCUGCACACCAAGAUUAUUCAUUGGCUUACACCUUUCGACUUCCACCACUUCAAAAUGGACAAUGGAUGAAAGCUAAAAUUCGUUUAUUUAUAAAUUACAUCAUUGAAGUUGGGUUAAAAGAAAAUAAUGAUGCAGAAUACAUUCAAGUGCUUAAAGCGACUCAUAUCAAUUUUAUGGAUUACUUAACCGGAGGACAAAAUGAAGCAUGGAUAGGAUUUACUGCAAGUACAGGUGGGCUUGCAGAAAAUCAUGAUAUUCGAUGGAUUUCACUUGUUCAAUAUUAUAAAUAA